AUGCAUACGUUCGUCGAUGCCAGCGAGAGCGACUUUGCUGCGGCGGUGUACCUUCGAUAUACAACGGAUAUCUCAGAGUGGCGAUGGGUACCGACCAAACACAACGUUGCUGACGAUGGAACGAAGUGGAAAGGAGUACCAAACCUGGCAAACGAUAGUCGUUGGUUUCGGGGACAAGCAUUUCUUCGCCUUCAGAAAGAAGAUUGGCCAGCAAACCCAUUUUCUGCGAAGACCACUGAAGAGGAACUGCGACCACGUCUACUUGUGCACACCCAGCCUGGUGAACAAGCGAUUCGUCCAGAGGACUUCUCGAAGUGGAACAAACUGCUACGCGUGACGGCCUAUGCUUUACGGUUUAUCAGCAAUUCGAAACGCAGUUGUUAUGGGAAAGCCUGUGUGGUUGGGAAUCUGCAGAAGCAGGACUACAUCGAUGCAGGAAACUAUCUGUUCCGAAGUGCUCAGUCCGCUGCCUUCGCUGAGGAGAAAUUGAUACUCGCCAAGAAUCGCUCGAUGAAAAACCCCGUGAAAACGAUCCCCCGAUCUAGCCUGCUAUACCAAUGGAAUGCAUUCCUAGACGAAAACGACGUGCUACGUGUCAAGGGUCGAACGAAGUCAUGUGAAUUCGUCGAUCGAGAUGCAGCUGAACCAAUAAUUCUUCCGAAAGAUCAUCCCGUAACUCGCCUCAUCAUAUCUUCCGUGCACGAACGGUUUCAUCACCAAAACCACGAAACGGCCAUUAACGAAAUACGCCAACGCUACCGUACUCCUCGAUUGAAAGCGGCAUAUUCAAAAAUCCGGAAAGAUUGUCAGCAGUGUAAAAAUCUCCUCGAUAAACCUCAGCCACCAUCAAUGGGUGACCUCCCCGCUGGUCGACUUGCCGCGUACACUCGUCCAUUCACUCACAUGGGAAUCGAUUACUUCGGUCCGAUCAUGGUGUCAAUUGGACGAAGAAAUGAAAAACGGUGGGGGGUACUCGCUACAUGCUUAACCACUCGCGCCAUCCACCUGCAAAUCGCCUACACACUGACCACUGAUUCCUGCGUAUAG